AAGACCAUAGCAUCGAGCCGUCUCGCAACAAGAGCGGGGUAUUCAGAAUUCCUCAUAUGACCAAUCGAAGCAUAUCCUCACCGGCUGUCAUGGCUCGGUGCUACAGCUCCUUGCAUACUGGUGGCUUCUAGCCGACGCUGGGCCACUCAGCAGUCACGGAUUAAUGAAGAUUAGCAGUCUCGGCCCUUGACUAGGGCGGGGAUAGUCGUAUCAAUAUUGACUACCAUUGACAACCACUAUAAAUCUCUGCGGCUCUUCCCAAGUACCCUCUCACCUCCUGAAUUCGUUUGAUUUUCCCUGUCUCCACAGUCAUUGGGCGCUGGCCGUUGGAAAGUAUGGCAGCUCUGGCAGUCUUUGGCUGCAGUAUCGCCCUGUAUCUUGUACUCAGGAGUAUAUACCGAGUUUACUUUCAUCCCUUGAGUAAGAUUCCUGGUCCCAAGCUGGCCGCAAUCACUCACGGCUACGAGUUCUACUUCAAUGUGAUCAAGGGAGGGCUAUUUAUCUGGGAGAUUGAACGAUUGCAUCAAGUAUAUGGUCCUAUUAUUCGCAUCGGGCCAGGACAAGUUCAUAUCAGAGACCCCGAUUACUAUGAGGAGGUCUACGCAUCCAGAGCCCGUAAGCGAGAGAAGGAUCCAGUCACCGUCGCCCGCUUCGCACUGGACGGCUCGGUGUUCUCCAGUAUCACAGAUGAAGACCAUCGCUCACGUCGUGCGCCGUUGGACAAGUUCUUCUCGAAACAGGCCAUUUCAAACGUCGAGUACUUGAUCCGUGAGAGUCUCGACAAGCUCGUACGUCAUCUUCGCACUGCCCAUGAAUCACACAAGGUGGUUCAUUUAGAUGCUGGAUUUGCCGCCCUGACCGCCGACGUAAUCCAUGUAUAUGCAUUUGGGUUCAACCCAGGGAAUCUGGAUCAAGAUGGCUUCAACGCCAACGUUCGGGAUGGGAUCAAUGCGCUCUUCCAGAUGGGCCAUAUCGCUUACUUCUUUCCUUUCAUACAAAACCUCAUCAACGCGCUGCCGCUGCCCGUGCUGCGUAAAUUGAGCGCACCUGCAUAUGCACUGGCGCGCCAGAAGAAGGAUAUCUAUGAGUGCGGUGCUGCGGCACUGAAAUCCAGUCUUGCAACGCAGAAGUCUGGGAAUCCAACAAUUUUCGAAGCCAUUGCAGGGCCAAAGAUGCCGGAACAUCUCAGAACGCCUGAGCGACUCAUGAACGAAGGCUUCACGUUGACAGUUGGCGGCACGGAAACCACUGCUCGCUCGCUGGCGAUCGCGAUGUACCAUCUGAUCGACAGACCUGAGGUCCUGAAUAAGCUGCGAGAGGAGCUCAAGCAGGUGGUGCCCACGCCGGAUUCCCGUCCCACAUGGAACGAGCUGGAGAAACUUCCUUAUAUGUCCGGAGUGGUCAACGAAACCUUGCGCCUUUCCACAGGAAUCGCUAGCUACUCACCCCGAGUUGCUCCUACGGAGGCAUUGCAAUAUAAAGGCUACACGAUCCCACCCGGGACUCCUGUUGGUCAGACGCACUACUUCAUCCUCAUGGAUCCUAACAUCUUUCCGGAUCCGCACGCUUUUGAGCCCGAACGCUGGAUCCGGGCCGCUGCCACGGGAAACCGUCUGGAUCGCUAUUUGGUGAACUUCUCGAAGGGAAGCAGGAUAUGCGUUGGCUUGAACUUGGCUUAUGCAGAGCUCUACCUUGUCAUCGCGACACUUGUGCGCCGGUUCGAGAUGGAGCUGUAUGACACACCUCGAAGCACCAUCGAACUCAAACGCGAUUAUGGCACGCCGUAUCCUGAAGAGGGACACUUGAAGGUGCAGGUGUUGGUGACCGGUCUUGUCACUGAAUGAAACCAGAUAUGUUUGGCUCGCAUUCAUUGGGUCUAGGACAAUUUCACUGAAUACUGACGAAGUGGUGCAUUUCGUGCUAAUCUUCAGAUACUUUACGGUUACAUUUCACGAAAGAGAGUGGACUUGCAAACUAUCAUCACUGCAUUCAAACUUCCA